GAGGGAGGGCGCCGCCGGGCCGCUGUUUGUUGUCAUCCCAAGAUGGAGUUUCUGCUGGGGAACCCGUUCAGCACCCCGGUGGGGCAGAGCCUCGAAAAGGCCACAGAUGGCUCUCUGCAGAGUGAAGAUUGGACACUCAACAUGGAGAUCUGUGACAUUAUCAACGAGACAGAGGAAGGACCAAAGGAUGCCAUUCGAGCGCUGAAGAAGAGGCUGAAUGGAAACAAAAAUUACAGAGAGGUCAUGCUGGCACUGACGGUGUUGGAGACCUGUGUGAAGAACUGCGGCCAUCGCUUUCACGUCUUGGUGGCCAACCGCGACUUCAUCGACGGUGUUCUGGUGAAAAUCAUCUCACCCAAGAAUAAUCCCCCCACUAUUGUACAGGACAAAGUACUAGCACUGAUCCAGGCUUGGGCUGAUGCCUUUCGAAGUAGCCCUGAUUUGACUGGAGUAGUGCAUAUUUAUGAAGAGCUCAAGAGGAAAGGCAUAGAGUUUCCCAUGGCAGAUCUUGAUGCUCUGUCUCCAAUACACACACCACAGAGGAGCGUUCCUGAAGUCGAUCCUGCAGCAAAUAUGCACAAUUCACAGUCCCAGCAAAGGAUGAGCACCAGCUCUUACUCCUCCUCUUCUCCAACGGCGUAUUCUGCUCCUCAGGCCCCACCUCUGAAUGUGACUGGUCCCAUCACUGCUAAUUCUGAACAGAUUGCCCGGCUGCGCAGCGAGCUGGAUAUCGUCCGUGGCAAUACCAAAGUGAUGUCUGAAAUGCUGACAGAAAUGGUACCUGGACAAGAGGAUUCCUCAGACCUUGAAUUACUUCAGGAACUGAACCGGACCUGUAGAGCUAUGCAGCAGAGAAUUGUAGAGCUUAUCUCAAGAGUGUCCAAUGAAGAAGUCACAGAGGAGCUGCUGCAUGUGAAUGAUGAUUUAAACAACGUCUUCCUCCGAUACGAAAGAUUUGAACGAUACAGAUCAGGCCGUUCAACACAAAACGCCAGCAACGGAGUACUGAAUGAGGUGACAGAAGAUAAUUUAAUAGAUUUGGGUCCUGGCUCUCCAGCUGUAGUGAGCCCAAUGGUUGGAAACUCAGCACCCCCAUCUUCACUUUCUUCACAGCUCGCAGGGCUUGACUUGGGUACAAACAGCGUCAGUGGCACCCUCAGCUCUCUACAGCACUGUAACCCUCGUGAUGACUUCGACAUGUUUGCACAGACAAGAGGCAGCUCCUUGGCUGAGCAACGAAAGAACGUGACGUACGAGGAUCCGCAGGCUGUCAAAGGACUGGCAUCUGCCCUGGAUGUCCGAAAACAGAACACAGGAGGGAGGAGAGGUAAAGGUGGGAACUCAGACAUGGAGCCCAUAGACAAGUGGCUAAUUACACAAGGAAUGAUCCCUGUUGCACAGUCCUCUGUCAUGGAUGACAUUGAGGAGUGGCUCAGUACCGACUUGAAAGGAGAUGAACUGGAAGAAGGAGUGACCAGUGAAGAGUUUGACAAAUUUUUAGAAGAGCGAGCCAAAGCGGCGGAGAUGGUUCCCAACCUUCCAUCCCCUCCCCUGGAAGCUCCAACCCCUCCAACAAACCCUUCCGGCAGGAAAAAGCAGGAGCGCUCGGAGGACGCCCUCUUUGCACUGUGAAGAUCGCUCCCAGCCGCCGCUCUGCCGGCUGUACGGCCACGCUGUCCUCCCACACUCCUUGGCUAACAACGAACACCCCCCCUCGCCCUUCCUCCCCACCUCCCCCAGUUUCAUAGAUGGCUUCUCCUUCCCCCCUCCCCGCCCCGAGCCUUCCCCAAACGAUCCACUACUCCCACAAGCUCUGACUCUUUCCGUUUCAGUCCGACACUGUUCCUGCCAGAUCACGAUUCUCCAGCCCUCGCUUAAUCCCCUCCUUCCUAUCCCAGCUGCACAAAACCGGCUCUCGACGCUGAAAAAACCCUUUCGAAUGCAUGAGUACGUCACACCGCCUUGAAACAAAAGCCCAGAGGGGAGAGAGAGAGAGAGAGGGAGAGGGAGAGCAGCCUUGCCCUUCAAUUUCUGUAGGGAUCAUCCUCUUCUGUAGGCAGGUCCUGCCAAGUCGAGUGCUCUGUCGAUCAGCAUGUAAUUGACUGAGCUGGAAUGUUCGGGAGGAGCGGGGCUUUAUUUUUAGAUGAGAUGGUAAUGUGUUGGCUUUCGUGUCGGAUUCGACAGCAAGGAGCAACUGUUCCCCUUUCAACAUGUGCUUCACAAGUUAAAAUCCUUUACUCUCCCACUCACACAUCUCCCAGUACCAUAUGGUGGUCGCUCCCCCCCCUCCCCCCCUUCAUGUUCCAAGGCUCACAGGGUAUUUUUUUUCCUUGUGUUUUAUCUGGGCUUGCUCUGAUUUCAAGCAGCCUGUGGGCUGUGUCCAGUAGCUCUGGCAGUUGAGGAGAAUGUGGAACAUGGAGCUAAAUGGAUGCUGUAACGUUAAGUGCAUGAAGCAUUCUGCUCUUUGGGAGAGCAUUCACACAUCAGGACUUUUUUUCUAGAGUGGUUGCCUUUUAAAAUAGCUGAGUUGGGUUUUUUCCCCUUACCUCGGAUUCCUUCUUCAGUGACUGCAGAGCUCUGCGUUUGCCUGGGCUCGGUGUCAGAACCAUCCCUGCAGAUGGAUGGGACUUGCUCGUGGACUGGGUGUGAACUGAGAUUCCUGGAUUCCCUCUGCCAUGCCUGGUAGGAUAGAUGUGCUGGCUCUUGGUGGUAGGUGUGAGGAAAAAAAGAGGCAAACCUCACAGAGGCUUGGAUGAGAUGCUGAGGGGGAUGGCUACCGUGGAGGGAUUAGCCCUGCCUGCCUGUGCUGGAGGUGAAACUCCUCCUUUCCUUCUAGGUUUGGGCCUGAAAGUGUUGGAUGAUUGUGGCUGUGCUAUUUGUCAUCUUUAGAGUGUCCUCUGAUACCCCUGCCCCUUUAGUAACUCCCAGGUCCUCUGGGUCUGCAGUCUCCUCCUGCCUGUUCCAACAAGCAUAUUCUCUGGCUUGCCAGAGGCAUGGCUGAGAGUGCUGCUCUUCCUGGAGCUGCCAGAAGGGAUUCCAGCAUGUGUGCCUGCCUGGCUGGGCUGAGGAGCAGAGCUGGAGCAGGCAGCUCCAGCCACCACUGCAGCCCCCAGCGUGUUCCUUGGUAGGAAGCCAGUGGUGCAAGGUGGCAGGAUCGAAAAGAGAGCUGAACACUGCAUGGCAGGGAGAAUCUCCUGACAGAGAGGCACUGAUCAGAUGAUCAGGCAGGCAGCAGAACUCCAGCCCCCCUUCUUCAGGGUGCUUGUUGUCUUGGGCAGCCAGCCACUUGGUUCUGACUUGGCAUGCCUGAGCUUCCCGGGGUGCUGGUGUGUAUUGAGCUCUCUCAGAAGCUGUUCUAGUCCAAGGAGCUGUGCUAUAAACUGCUGAUGGGAAGGUGAUCAAAGCUUUUAUCUCAGCAUAGUUAUUCAGCUCUCUGGGGUGCACCACACUUUGGUAGGCUGCAACACAUAAAACCUUUUACCAAGUGGCCCAAUGGCAGCAGUGGUGCUCACUGAGAGGAGGGAUCACGUUCAUCUUCGGAGGGAAGUGUUGGUUGGUGCAGGAUUUCCAGGCUGUCCCGGGUCAGAUCUUGCUCUGUGCUGUCCCUGCACGUCCUCUCCUUUGUCCUGCUCUGCCUGCAUCUUCUUCUGGGAUCCUUCCAUAAGUAGCUGGGCCCAGCCAUGCUGCUCUGCCACCCUCCAGCACUGCCUUGGCAGCUCCUCACUGCUCCAUAGCUCACUGCAUGGCUUGCAGGUGGCUGGGGAGAAUUACUGUAAGGCUGGAGAUAGCUUAGGACAGAUUGAGCUGCCUCUUCUCCCCACUUGCUGACCCUCUCUCCAUCUGAAGCCCUUCCAUGUGGGUCUGCAGAGGGUUUCUCUCCAUUUCAUCUUCUCUGUGGUUAAUGGCAAGUGCCAGCACAGUCUGCCUUGGCUGCAUGUGUGUGCUGCUGCUCUCACCCACUGCCUUCCUUGCUUAACACAAGGUGACCCCAGUGCCCAGGUGCUGGCUUCCAGGCACCCUGCUGCCGGCUCCUGCCUUGUUGCAACACAUCAGAUGUGGCCACCAGCUCCCAGCAACCUGAGAAAACCUCUGUCAUGAUGCUGAUUUGAUUUCAGACAGUGUCUGGUGGUUGCCUGGGCAGUCUUGCCAGCACAGAGUGAAUUGUUGGUGUCCCUGUCAGUGCAAAAGGCUCCGUGGGUGUUUUAAGAGUGUCUUUUCUCUCCUAAAUCCUUGGAACACAUUGACCCUGUAAAUGGCCACAUCAGGUGAUUCUAAGCAUGUUAAUCCAGCUUGCCUGCCAAGCCAGAGGAGAUAAUCUCAUUGCCCAGGCACGGGGACGUUGUCAAACGAUGCUGAGUGGCAAGGGUAGCACCAGGCUGUCAUUGAGCCCCGCUGCAGAGCACCAUUGCAGAGCUCCAUUGCUGGCCCUUCUUCCCCCACCCCCAGGCAAAAAGGGGGCUGGGGGGGGUGUGCUGUUAAUGCUGCUUCUUUCUGUCAUGCUAAGCCUGCCCUGGGACUUUCAAGUUGUUGCUGUAGAGAGAGUCAGGUCCCUUUCUGGAAGAUCUCAUGGAGCUGUCAGUGACUGUUCCCUCCAGCCUGGGAGGAGAAGAGAUGAAGCAAAAUGGCUGGGGCUGAGAGGAGCUUGUGUUGGCUCAACUCAAGGCACCCUCUUCUCUGUGCUUGCGACCUCAGGCACCCCACAGUCCCCACUGACAUCCCACGUUCUCUGCUGCAAUUCCAGGGCACUGUUUGCAGGGGGUGGCAGGUGUCUUGUCUGGAUGUAGGGCAGCACUCAGGAGAUGCCUGCCUUGGGUGGUGUGUGCUCAGCCUGGGGCUAAACAUCCUUGUGGUGGGGUCCUUGAUGGGUCUGGUUAAAGCACAGCCCUGCCACGAGUUCAGUUUGGAGCCUGAAUCCACCAGACCUGGCCCUUGGGGGCUGGCAGCACCGGAGGGGACAGAGCAGGGGGCAGAGCAGGGUGGUUUAGCCCAAACCUUCUGUAACAAAAGUCAGAGCUGCGCCAGAGCUUCCCUAAUGUCCUGUAUCAGGAUCUCUCCUCUUCCCCAUCCUCUUGUGGGCUGCAGAAAGGCUGUUGGAGGGAAAGGGAAGGGCUUUUUCGCUUCGAGGACCAACCUUUUGAUUUCUUCUCCCUUCACUUCCACUCUGAAGUGCUUCCUCUGUGCAAGUGGGGCAGAGGCCUUGGGUGGCUCCGACGCUUGCGAGCAGAGGGCUGGAGCUGCAGCCUGCUCCACCUCCCACCAGAGAAUAACAUCCCAGCUGCUUUCUAGGCGUAGUAGGAAUCACAGCUUGACACUCAAUGACACUAAAUUAUUAUGGGGGUCCUUUGUAAAGUCUAAUCAUACCCCUCUCUAGGUUCAAAUAUUUAUUGGGGGGGGUCAGUAUAUAUUUUUUUGUUGUUGUUCCUUUCCAGUGUGUUUUUUUUAACCUCUUCUGUUCACCUGUCAUGUGCUGAGAUGUAAGAAAUGAAAUGGUUUCUAUUUAAAUAUCUCCUGGGGGAGG